AUGAGUUUCUCGAGCUUCUCAACGCACCCAGAAGAUGAGAAAACACUGGCCGAAAAUGCUCAAAGUUCUCCCAGCAUACCUCCACCGUCGCCCCCAGAGCCACCUUCUCCCAAUCCACCGCCGCCUCCUCCGCAAUUGUUGAAUGUCCCUGAUCUCCCUUCCAAUCAGCCUGACAACGACAAUGCUAUGGAUUAUCCUCCAGGAAGUCCAUCGGGUCCUUUAGAUGGACAAUCCUUAAUUCUGAUGGGAGACGACAAUACGAUUUCUUCCAUCAACACAGAUUACCACACGCUGCAGAUGAGAGCACAGGAUAUAGAAAAUCAUAACGAUGGCUAUCGAGAACCCGAGCAUCCCACUGGAAGUCCUCAAAAAUCGCAACAGUACCAAAGUCGCAGUCCCAAUCCUGAAAUGGCGCGGUUGCCUCAAACUGUCGACAUGAAAACGACAAGCCAAAACAAGGAGCAGCCAAAACAACAACGACAACAACAAGACGACGAGGGCAGCUGUCUGCCACAGUGGCUCGUGGAUGCUCCGUUUUGGCUCAAACUGGUCAUUGUUACUUCCACCGCUUUGUUAUUAGGUGCCAUGGUAUUGAUUGGAGUGGCAGCUUCCCUUGAAGUUCAAAGUCGUGAGAAUGAGGCCCAAAACAAUGCUGCCGUCUCGCCACCUUCUCUAGCUCCUGGAAACUUCUUUCCCACCCAACCCGAUUUGGAACCAACCAAUAUUCCACUCACUGCAGAACCUACAUCUUCCCCAUUGGAAGACAUGCCUCCCUGGCAACCAUACAAUACAUCCACUUCGGUUCAAUUCUUUGUGGCGGGCGGGCGGUUUGCGGGAGAUGAAUUGGCGAAUUUGCCGGCAGAAUUGAGCAACCUCCCCAACAUCGAUGGAAAUACGGUAUUGUUUCACUUGGGGGAUUGGAAUUCGCCUUCUCUGACACGAUGUGAGGAGUCGGCCUACAGUGACAUUGCCACCUUGUUUGCGAAUAGUAGCCUGCCAGUCUAUUUCGUUGUAGGGGACAAUGAAUUCAAUGACUGCCCCGAUCCCAGAGAGGCAUUUGAAUUCUGGGAUCAAUAUUUGCUGGAUUUUGAAACCAGGCAUUGGCCAGCGCCGUCAGUUUGGAACAUUGCUCGGUCCGAAGAUUACCCAGAAAAUUUUGGCUAUUUGCAUCGUAAUGUGCUAGUCCUAGGCAUUAACCUAGUGGGGGGUGUGGUACACGACAACAGGGAAUGGGAAAGGAGGCAUGCCGCGAAUUUGGAGUGGAUCAAUACUAACUACUUUGAAAAUGAGGCCCGCUUUGAUACCAUGGUGGUUUUGGCUCAUGCAGAUCCUGAAAUCCUGGCCAAUGAGUCUUUUUUUCUUUCCUUUUUUCGCUUGGUCAGAGAUGUCUACACUGAGAAGCAAGUCGUCUUUAUCCAUCGCAAUUUGGGUUCGGAUGCUUGGGGUUUGGAAACCGGCUACGAUGGAAUUCCAAAUCUAAUGGUUGCCGUGGUAGAAGGGACGGUAUGGCCGCCCAUGCUGGUGACUAUCGAUACGACAGCUGGUAUCUUGGAAAUUGAUCAACGACAAUGGUACCAAGAAUACAAGACGGGUGGAUUGGCAUAA